ACAGUGAUAAGAUAGUGAUAGUGUGCAAUAAACGCGAGUGUACACCCAAACACCUCCCCACUGUCCAAGGAGAUCACACACACUUAACACAUACUCACCCUCUCUCUGCUCCCCUUGCCCCCCCAUCUAUACUUACACAUCUCUCUCUCCCUCCCUCCCUCCCAUCUCUCUCCCUCUCUCUCCCAUCUCUCUCUCUCUUAAACUAAUAUUUAUCUAUACCUACACAUUACUUGUAUCUCUCUCCACAUCCAACUUCUCUCUCUCAUCGAUACACAUUUUAAAUGCGGUUUUGAUUAAGUGAUUGAAAUGGAUCCGCCGGCGAUGAGCGCAUUUAGGUCAGACAACGCGACGACGCCGUAUAGCUUGACGGAGAUCUGGCCGUUUCAGUUCGGGCAGUUUUCGGAUAAUCCGACCCGAGAGGAUGACCCGAUUGGAGUGGAGCAGAGAGGAGAGAAGAAACGAAGGAAUGAUGACGUGUCCACUAGCACGGCUCCCAAUGUCAUGAUUGAUAGUGAUGGUAAACGAAUUAAAGGAUCUGGAUCUAGAGAUGAUAAUCCGGAGUCUAAAGUUGAGACGGAGGCAAAGUCUGCAGGGAAGCAAAGUGAGCAAAGUGUAAAGCCAAAUGAGCCACCUAAACAAGAUUACAUACACGUGAGAGCAAGAAGGGGGCAAGCUACGGAUAGUCACAGUCUUGCAGAGAGAGCAAGAAGAGAAAAGAUAAGUGAGAGGAUGAAGAUUCUGCAGGAUUUAGUCCCUGGCUGCAAUAAGGUUAUUGGCAAAUCAUUGGUACUUGAUGAGAUAAUAAAUUAUAUCCAAUCACUGCAACGGCAAGUGGAGUUUCUUUCCAUGAAGCUUGAAGCUGUCAAUUCAAAAAUGAGUCCUAGCAUUGAAGGAUUUCCUUCAAAAGAUUUUGGUCAACAAGCAUUUGAUAUGGCUGGAGUGACAUUUAAUUCACAAGCUCCAAGGGAACUAAGUAGAGGUUCAUCGCCAGAAUGGUUGCAUAUGCAAAUUGGUGGCAAUUUCGAUAGAUCAGCCUAAUCCAUUAUCCUCGUCAGAAUGAUAAUAAGAGCACUAAGGGCCACUCCAUUUAAAAAUGAUACAGAAUAUACAUAUAGCAGCUGGGAGCCUUAUUCCCAAUUUCUACAUCGAAAAAGAGUUCUGCCUUAGGGGACUGCUGAAUAGCCUGGAUAUCAGAACUAAGCAAUCCCCGACUGUUCUAGAAGCUAAACCUAUAGUAACCAAUUGGGUUCUGUAUUGGUAUUGGUUGCAUAUUGUUUGACAUUGGAUACAAUAAGUAGCUGAUUGUUGUAACUUCAGUGAGAUCCAGUAUGAUUUUACUACACAAUAUGGAACCUUCUGUCUUGAUUUUGUCGUGUAUUUCUAUUUGGUUGUUGAUCGA